AUGAUCCAACAGGGACUGCAACGGCCAGUGCCAAGGGGCGAAGCUUUGUGGUGGGGGCCGAUCCGCCGUUGUUUCAGAAGCUCCUUUCCUUCAGGGGAGUCUGGCCCGAGGAAUUCUGCUGCAUCCUUCACAAAUGAAGUGAUUUCCCCGUGGAGACGUGUUCCCUCAAUAUUCUUCCUCAAUGUUCAUGGCAUCCAAUCGAGUCUCUUGCAGCAUUGGGACGUGUUCGUGGCCAUCUACGUAGCGACUAGAGCGUCGAACCCCUCCCAAUCGGUAGAGAGAUCAGCAUCUGGCCGGGAAUAA